AUGGACGGACACCACAGCCGACCGGGCAACAGCCGAGGGGACUAUGGCGAGGACUGGGCCAAGGGACUAACAGCUCAGUUCGAGCAAUUAAUGCGGACCAGGCGAUUACACGACCUCCAGCAGUCGCGGUCAGACAGGCAACGGUCCGAGUCGCCGGCCCUGCGGCCGCAGGCAUCGCAGUCCCACCUGAGAACGCCUUUCUCUCCCGAGCACAGCAGGCCGUCGACAGCACAUAGCGAGUCCCCCGCGCCGGCAACGCCGCCCUCGUACUCUUCACUACGCCAUCUUCCCAUGAUUCCGUCCGCCCCUGCGGCGCACGAUCGCGCGUCGCAAAAGUUCCGCAAUCUGUUGGUCACCUUGUCGACAACACCGACGAAAUACGAAAACCCCGGCCUUCUGGACGAGGCCCUGCAAGUGAUCCCUUUGGACAGGAUCUACAGCGAGGCCGAGGAGGAGUGCCAGGUCUUGCAGGCCCAGGCCGAGAGCAUGGGCGACGGUCGCAAGCCCGAAUGGGGCUACCAGGACUGCGUCAUCCGGGCGCUUCUGAGAUGGUUCAAGCGCUCCUUCUUCACCUGGGUGAACAACCCCCCGUGCCCAGUGUGCCUCGCUCCGACCAUCGCCAGGGGCAUGACGCAACCGACGCCCGAGGAGAGUGCGUGUGGCGCCAUGCGUGUGGAGCUUUACGAGUGCUCCAACCAGAGUUGCAGAGCAUUCGAGCGCUUCCCUCGUUAUAGCGACGUCUGGCAACUACUUCAGACGAGGAGGGGCCGGAUUGGCGAAUGGGCCAACUGCUUUAGCAUGCUGUGCCGCGCCGUCGGUGGUCGUGUACGAUGGGUAUGGAAUGCCGAGGAUCACGUAUGGACCGAAGUGUACUCCGACCACAAGCAGCGCUGGGUGCAUGUCGACGCUUGUGAAGAAGCCUGGGAUAACCCACGACUUUACACUGAUGGCUGGGGCAAGCAGAUGUCAUACUGCAUUGCUUUCAGUGUCGACGGCGCGACCGACGUCACCCGUCGCUACGUCCGCAAGACCGAGCACUCUGCCGAACGGAACCGUUGCCCCGAGGAGGUCAUGCUAUACAUCAUGCAGGAGAUCAAGUCUCUGCGUAGGGCCAACCUCGACAAGGAGCAGCGCUUCCGCCUCGAGAAGGAAGACUCGGUAGAAGACCGGGAGCUGCGCGGCUACGUGGUGGCUUCAAUCACGCAGGCCGUCACGAACAUGGUUCCUGGCUCGUUAUCGGCCUCGUCGAGCAGAGCGCCCACUGUCAGCCCCCGACCUCCGGCGUCGUCACCAUCCAAUGAUGACCAGAAGCUCCCAGUCGAGCAACCCGGCAGACAGAGCGGCAACUCGGAGUGGGUUGCUGCCCGUGGGGAGAAUGGCAGACGGAACCAACAGUUCCAGGACCCACGAGACCCGUCGCGCCGAAACUACUGA